AUGGCAGACUGGAAGACGCAGGUGACUUACAACUACAACCCCUCUUACCAUGCGUACGCCUAUGGCCUCAUGUACCAGCCCGGGCCCGAGCAAAACCACGGGAACUUGGCCGCCUGGGGCGAGGCUGGAGUCACGGAUUUGAGCAACUACAGUCCUGGGGUGACGCAGUCCCACUACACCGCCUCCGCCAGGACCCGGGAAGAGUCUCCGCCUGGCAGCCCGGAGCAACACGCCGUGAACGCACACUGUCACUACCAGGGCUCCGGCCUUGUCUACCUCGGUGAAACCCAGGCAGGUCGUCUGCUCAUGGCCGGACAGCACCGUGCUGCCUACGAUACGCGGGCUGACGAGGCCAGGCGGGCCGGGAGCGACUCGACCAGUGACUCGGAGGCGCACACCUCCCCAGAUUCCUGGAGUUCUGGCAGCAGCCGAGAAGGGAGUCUCCCUCAGGCGGACCCUGCCACAUGGGCCAAGAAAGAUCUCGACGACGAGGCAAACAGCCGGAGCCCAGAUGUCGUCGAAGAAGUAUCCAGCUCUCUCACAGAGGAGCCACGGACCUUUGCUGUGACAGGGAACAGUGACACCAACAAUGCCACCCCUCUACAUGUGCCCUACACUGCCCCAAAGAAGGCAAGCACUACUACUAAUGUAAAUAACGGUAAAGGAAAGGUCCGGAUUGCCUUCUCAGAGAGUCAGAUGAAUGCUCUUGUUCAGCGCUUCAGUGUGCAAAGGUACCUCACCCCAGCUGAGAUGAAGAACCUGGCAGACCUCACAGGGCUGACCUACAAACAGGUGAAGACCUGGUUUCAGAAUAGAAGGAUGAAGCUAAGGAGACACCAGAAAGACACUAGCUGGGUGUCUGAGCGCUACACCGCCAACAAGGGCAGCCCAAUUCAUGGAACCAUCUUCACCAACAUCCCCACACAUAUUCCACCUUAUCAGGGAGAGGCCAGGCCCCAGCUCAGGGAGCAUUAUAACCAGCAUAUGAUGGAGGCAGCCUUUAAGAAGACCGCUCCUCAGAAUCUGGCCUUCUAUCUGGCUACUAUGGGCAGCACUACUGGAACGGCUGGCUACCCCCCCUGGUCCUCCAGCUCAUCCCAGAACGCAGUGCCCCCCAGACCCCAGGCAGCUGGCUGGUCCAUGCCCCCAGGCGUCAGCCAUUAUGAAUUCAACCCAGCCAGCAAUGCUGAGCUUGACACAAGCUUUGACAGCAAAGAUGGGAAGCCUGUCAACAGCCACAGUUCCCUAAAUACAGCAAUUGCACAUAAUGCCAGCCAGUAG